AUGGCAUCGGACAUACCAGGAUCAGUGACACUGCCAGUGGCACCCAUGGCCACUGGUCAAGUAAGAAUGGCAGGAACUGUGCCUGCCAGAGGUGGAAAGAGGCGUUCUGGAAUGGAAUUUGACGAUGAAGAUGGUGAAGGACCCAGCAAAUUUUCAAGGGAGAACCAUAGUGAGAUCGAGAGACGCAGGAGGAACAAGAUGACCCAGUACAUCACCGAGCUCUCUGACAUGGUGCCCACCUGCAGCGCCUUGGCGCGCAAACCCGACAAGCUGACCAUCCUACGCAUGGCAGUGUCUCACAUGAAGUCCAUGAGAGGCACUGGGAACAAAUCUACCGAUGGAGCAUAUAAGCCUUCCUUCCUAACCGAGCAGGAAUUGAAGCACCUCAUCCUUGAGGCGGCUGAUGGCUUUCUCUUUGUGGUGGCUGCUGAAACAGGCCGAGUGAUCUACGUCUCGGACUCGGUGACGCCCGUCCUGAACCAGCCCCAGUCCGAAUGGUUUGGCAGCACCCUCUACGAGCAGGUUCACCCGGAUGACGUGGAAAAGCUGAGGGAGCAGCUCUGCACAUCUGAAAACUCCAUGACGGGGAGGAUUUUGGAUUUGAAAACAGGCACAGUAAAGAAAGAAGGACAACAGUCUUCAAUGAGAAUGUGCAUGGGAUCCAGGCGUUCCUUCAUAUGCAGAAUGAGAUGUGGCAAUGCUCCGUUGGAUCAUUUACCUCUGAACAGGAUAGCAACCAUGAGGAAAAGAUACCGAAACGGCCUGGGCCCAGUGAAAGAAGGAGAGGCACAAUAUGCUGUGGUCCACUGUACCGGGUAUAUAAAGGCUUGGCCUCCAGCAGGAAUGACCAUACCGGAAGAAGAUGCCGAGGUGGGACAAGGCAGCAAAUAUUGCCUGGUGGCUAUAGGAAGACUUCAGGUGACCAGUUCGCCGGUGUGCAUGGAUAUGAAUGGAAUGUCAGUCCCCACGGAAUUCCUAUCCCGGCAUAGCUCAGAUGGAAUAAUUACCUUUGUGGAUCCAAGAUGCAUCAGUGUUAUUGGCUAUCAGCCACAGGAUCUUUUGGGGAAAGACAUUUUAGAAUUCUGUCAUCCAGAAGAUCAAAGCCAUUUAAGAGAAAGUUUCCAGCAGGUGGUGAAGCUGAAGGGCCAGGUGCUCUCUGUGAUGUAUCGCUUUCGGACCAAGAACCGGGAAUGGAUGUUAAUCAGGACUAGCAGCUUUACGUUUCAGAACCCGUAUUCGGAUGAGAUUGAGUAUAUCAUCUGCACCAACACAAAUGUCAAGCAGCUUCAGCAGCAACAAGCUGAGUUGGAAGUACACCAGAGAGAUGGACUUUCCUCCUAUGACUUAACUCAGGUGCCAGUUCCAAGUAUACAGUCUAAUGUUCACGAGGGAGGAAAAGCAGUGGAAAAACAGGACACCAUCUUCACCCAGGAAAGGGAUCCAAGAUUUGCGGAGAUGUUUGCUGGCAUAACUACUUCAGAUAAAAAAAUGAUGCCUUCGGCUUCCACAACAGGAAACCAGCAGAUCUACUCUCAAGGGAGCCCAUUUCAACCAGGGCAUUCUGGGAAAUCUUUCAGCUCCUCUGUGGUCCAUGUGCCAGGUGUCAACGACAUCCAGUCCUCUUCAUCAACAGGCCAGAACCUGUCACAGAUUUCUCGGCAGUUAAAUCAGAGCCAGGUUGCCUGGACAGGAAGUCGCCCUCCAUUCCCUGGACAGCAAAUUCCUUCACAAGCCAGCAAGGCCCAAUCUUCCCCUUUUGCAAUUGGAUCCAGCCAUACUUACCCUGCUGAUCCAGCUUCCUUCAGCCCCCUGUCCAGUCCAGCUACAUCUUCUCCCAGUGGAAACGCCUAUUCCAGCCUAGCUAACAGGACGACAGGCUUCGCCGAGAGCAGCCAAAGUAGUGGGCAGUUUCAAGGACGGCCUUCUGAAGUUUGGUCCCAGUGGCAAAGCCAGCACCAUAAUCAGCAGAACAGUGAGCAGCAUCCCCACCAGCAAACCAGCCAGACAGAGGUGUUCCAGGAUAUGCUACCUAUUCCAGGGGACCCAACACAAGGGACUGGCAAUUACAACAUAGAAGACUUUGCUGAUUUGGGCAUGUUCCCACCAUUUUCUGAGUAA